UUUCGUAGAAAGAGAGUGAAAGGAACAAGUGAAGUGGCAUGAUGUUUCUUUUUCUUAUUCUUUAUGUAUUAUUAGGUUAGAGUUGAACUUAGUUAUGUGGGGAAGGUUUCCAGUAAACCAUAAAAACUGAUUAGAAGGGUUUUUAUUUGAAGAUGAAAAGAGAAUAAUAAUUGAAGUUGAAUUAAAAAAAAUCAAAAGAAGGAAGUUGCAACAAAGUGGGUGACCUCGUAACUUGUUUCUUUAUUGGAACAAUACUGCUUGACCACGUACAACUCUCAAAUACUACUAAUAUAUGCUCAAAAACUGAAUAGCAGAAGUCGAUGAUGAAACAGAGACUGCUGAAUUUGAACCAUUAAAAUCGUGGGUAUGGCUCAAAUUCCAAUCAAACAUCGUAAAAAACAUGUAGCAGUUCGAAGAUCUUUCUUCUGGUGUAUUCUUCUUCUCUGCUUUGCUGCCUUCACUUUCUCUUCUCUACUAUUUCAAGGGUUUCAUCAAUGGCGGCCGGCGACAACCACAGCCCUAACCGUUGUUAAGCCAAUUAUACAAACCGUCGAAUUCCCGGACGAGACAGUUGUUUUCCUAAAAUACCCUCCUUCAACUCCCUUAUUCACAAAACAUGACCUAUACUGCCUCUACCUUGAUCCUAACUCUUCUCAACCUCCUGAAUCAGUUGAAAACGAUGAAUUAUUGGGCCAACAGCUCGUUCGAUGUCCCCUGGUUAAGCCACGUGGAGUCCUGACGUCACUUUUCGUCAAGUCUACCGGUUACACCCUCUCAAUUGGACCAUCACGUCGGUGGAAUUCGUUGGCCUAUGAGGCGAUGAUCGAUCGCGAUAACACGACCAUAGUGUUUGUUAAAGGGUUUAAUCUUCGAGGUGGAAGACAAUCGGACGCUUCAAAAUUCAAGUGUGUUUAUGGUUGGGAUGUUAAGAAUCCCAAACUUGUGUUACAAUCAGAUGUUGUAUCCAUUGCUCAAGAAGUUGUUCGAUGUAAUACCCCAGUGAGCAUACUGAAUAAUCCACAGAGGUUUAUUGGUACUAGUAACAUGCCCGUUAAGGUUUCUGUUAGAAUGGUUGGUAAGGAACCUUUAGACUCUAUAGCGAGUCCUAAACGCCGUCUGCAGCCUAACUUGCCAGCUCAAAAACAGCACAACAUGUGUGUAUGCACAAUGUUAAGAAACCAGGCCAGCUUCUUGAAAGAGUGGAUCAUGUACCAUACUAGAAUUGGAGUACAGCGUUGGUUCAUUUAUGAUAAUAACAGCUUGGACGAUAUUGAUGAUGUCAUUAGGUUAUUAUCGAACAUAAAUGUGACACGACAUGUUUGGCCUUGGAUCAAGACUCAAGAGGCAGGUUUUGCUCAUUGUGCAUUACGAGCUAGAGAUGUGUGUGAAUGGGUUGGUUUUAUGGAUGUGGAUGAGUUCUUCCACUUGCCUACUGGUAUGUCACUGCUUGACAUAUUAAGAAACCAAUCAAGGAGUAAUAGUAAAGUUGCUGAGUUGCGGGUGUCAUGUCAUAAUUUUGGACCAUCUGGUCUCAAACAUGUCCCGACACAAGGGGUCACCAUGGGGUACAAUUGCAGGAUGAUUGCACCUGAGAGGCAUAAGAGUAUUGUGAAACCUGAAGCAUUGAAUUCAACAUUAAUCAAUGUGGUUCACCAUUUUCAUUUAAAGUCUGAGUUUAGAUAUGCCAAUAUGGAUAGAAAUGUGCUUGUGAUUAACCAUUACAAGUAUCAAGUUUGGGAUGUCUUCAAGGAGAAGUUCUACAGGAGGGUGGCUACUUAUGUUUCUGAUUGGCAACAACAGAGAAAUGUUGGGUCCAGGGAUCGUGCCCCUGGUUUAGGGACACGAGCUGUUGAACCACCAGAUUGGUCUAGUCGAUUUUGUGAAGUUACUGACACUGGCCUAAAAGAUCGAGUAGCAGAGAUGUUCACCGACCCAAACACUGGCAAGUUACCCUGGCAAAAAUCACUGACAUGACGCCACAACAUGAAAUUAUUUCAUAUCAGUUUUUGACUUUGAGGAUCUAAUUUCUUUUGCUAUUUUAUUUGUACAUGAAAUAGUCCAUAUAUUCUUUUUGUACAUGAAUUUACGUCACAACACAAAGGUAAUAUGAAAAUGAAAGUUGAAUGUUCAAUGUAUCUGGUGAAAGUCAAAACCAUUUUUUAGUAUAUGUAACGUUGCAUUUCUUUGUGAUGCAAUGAAAAUUAUUAUAAAAGCCAAUAAUUGAGCAAUGACAGAAUGUUAGUAGGUACUGGGA